CCAGCAUCCUGCAAAGGUAAACCGCGUCUCUGUUGUUUCUACUGGACAGAUGAACGCUUAGGGAGCGUCUGUAUAAUGUCGGAAACGUCGAGCAACUCCAUGACACUGAAUCCAGUGUCCCUUGAGAAGCAGCAAUCUACUGUCAAGGGUGAGAGAUGCUUACACAGGUGAGCAGCACCCAUGCCCAACGGGUGUUGUCUUUUCUGAAUGAGCAGAGAGGUCUUGGCUGGUUCUGUGAUGCCAAGCUGACUGUAGGAGGAGAUGGGAGGGCAUACAAUGCCCAUCGCAACAUCCUGGCCUGUUUUAGUAAGCUUUUCCAGGAAUCUGAGCCAACCACUACCAUGGUUAAGAAGGUCUCCCUCCCAAAGGAGUGCCCCACUGACGGCCUGGAACUACUUCUCGACUUUUUCUACACAGGGAAGUUGAAGCUUGACUCUCUGAAUCUGGACAAUGUGCAACAGGCUGCAGACAGCCUAUGUGUACCAGAUGCGCUCGCCCUCUGUCAGCAGUUUGCCACAGAAGGGACAGUCUCUCCAGAAGAACCUCAGUCUGCAGAUCUUCUGGGUGAAGAUGAUGGCCUAAUCUCACCUGUAACUUCUACUGAAACCAAGGUCCCCCUAAAAAGGGGGAGGCCCCCCCUAAAAAGGGGGAGGCCCCCCCCAAAAAGAGGGAGACCCAAAAAAUCCCAAACCCCUAGUAGCGGCUUAAGUAAGAAGGAUCCUCCAGAAGCAACCGCCACCACAACUCGCUCUGGGCGUAAGGUGAAGGUCUCCAGGAGGCUGCUUGGAGAGGGCCCCAGGCCGCAGCUCCUGCCCCAGGGGACCACCAGCAGGGGAACACCACAACUAGUUAUCAGCCUAAUGGAUAGAAGUGAUGGGGCUGAGGACGAGGGACAAAGCCUCCCUCAGCCUACAGAUACAACAGAGGUAACAGACAUGGUCACUGGCAUUGUACCAGAUGUUAGCUAUAAAGCUAAUUCUCAUUUGCAGCCUCAUGAUGAUGAUGACGAUGAUGAUGGUUUGAUGGAGGGGGUGGAUGAGGACACUGAUGAAGAGUAUGUGCCCCAUGCCCUACCGACUACCACCUCCAGCCCCAAAGGCAGACGUAAAGGACCAGGUAAAGCUGUCAAUAAAGAGAACAGCGAGGAGGCGGCCAAGGGGUCUACAAAGGGCUCUGUUCAGUGCCCCACCUGCAAUAAGACCUUCCUCAGCAAAUACUAUCUCAAAGUACACAACAGGCGUCAUACGGGUGAGAAGCCCUUUGCAUGCUCUAAGUGUGGGAAGAGGUACUACAGGAAGGAGAAUCUGAUGGACCACCAGGCCCGGAACUGCAAAUGUGGUGAAAAAGUCAAAGCGGUGCACAACUGCCUUCAAUGCCCCAUGUCAUUUGACAGAGUGGUGGAUCUACGGCUGCACACGGUCUCCCAUACAGGGGAAAUGCCCAAUAAGGUCCAGCAUCUACCACCUCACACCCUUGAACACGCCCACAGGACAGUAAACAUCAGGUGUACGUCAUGCUCGGAACAGUUUAUGCGUAAAAAAGAUUUGAGAAAUCAUGAAAUCAAAAUCCACGGUGCACCCAAACCACAUGCAUGCUCUCUGUGCAGCAAAGCCUACCUGUCUAAAACGGAGGUGCGUCUGCAUGAGGCUUCCAAGCAUCGAGGCGAGAAGCUCUUUGUGUGUGAAGAGUGUGGCCAUCGAGCCUCCAGCCGAAACGGCCUGCAGAUGCACAUCAAAGCCAUUCACAGAAACGAGCGUCCAUUUGUGUGUGAGUACUGCAACCAUGCGUUUACCCAGAAGGCCAACCUCAACAUGCACCUGCGCGUUCACACUGGAGAGAAGCCCUAUCAGUGCCACCUCUGUGGGAAGACCUUCCGGACACAGGCCAGUCUUGACAAGCACCAUCGCACCCACACGGGAGAGCGGCCUUAUAGCUGUGAGUUCUGUAACCAGCGCUUCACAGAGAAGGGCCCGAUGCUCCGCCAUGUCGCCAGCAAGCACCAGGACGACCGCCCUCACUGCUGUAAGAUAUGUGGCAAGACCUUCAAGGCCAUCGAGCAGCUCCGCGUCCAUGUGCGUCGCCAUCAGGGCAUGAGAAAGUUUGAGUGCGAAAAGUGUGGCUACAAGUUCACCAGACAGGCCCACUUACGACGUCAUAUUCAGGUCCACAACCGUACAGAGAACUACAACCCGCGGGAGAGGAAGCUACGGAACCUGAUAGUAAAGGAUGAGGGUUCGCAGGAGGAGGAUGAGACUAGCCCCUCACCAACACCACUCACUGAGAAGGGGACACCUGAGGGUCUGGCACCUGUCUCUGGACCCAGUGUCCCUCUUCCUGUCUUUGGACCUGGACUCAGUGUGUCUGGACCUGGAACUGUACCAGGAGCCAGUGACAUCCUCAGGGUGAUUAUCCAGCCCAUGGUGGAGGAGGUGGUGUCCAGCCAAGGGCAGAUGGUGGUGGGCUUUAACCAGGCUGUGGUGGGGCAUGGGCCUGGCCAGUUGGAGGUAGGCUUAACCCAGAGCCAAGGUGUGGUAGGCCAAGGCCAGGUAGAGGUGGGCCUUACCCAUGGCCAGGUCGGCUUUCCCCAGGUUGGGGUGGGACAGGGGAAUGGCCAGGUGGAGGUGCUCUCCUCCCAGGGUUUGGGUGUGGUGGGGCAUGGUUUCAUUGUGACAGAUGUGAUGGACCAGACUCUCCUGGUGGCAGGAGACUACCCCAUCCCUGAGACCACGGUGGAUCUAGAGGACAUACGGGAGGAUCCUCCUGCUAAGAGCAAGGCCUGAGGCAACGUAUUGUGACGUGGAAUCUACUUGGGGAAAUACAUGGGAUUUGAAAAAAGUAAUUAACUGUUGUUUUGAGGGUGAAAUUUCAACCACAGGAUUAUGUCAUCAUAGUAAUCAAAUUUCAACAUAGUAUAAAAUCUGUUGAAUUUGUACCUUUAAAACAACGUCAGAUCUUCAACGUUAUCUCCACUAUCAGGAAAAAUCAACAACAGGCUGGGCAGCACCUAGUGGAGAAUCUAUCUACAGCAGGGCUGACCAAACUGGGGCUUCUUUUAGUUUUUUUUAAAUGUAUUUAUUUUUUACAAAGUCAGUCGGGGUCUCAACUUACUGUUUAGAGAUACCAUAGUAGAAUACAAAAUGUGCAAUUUCAAUAGUUUUCUUCUUGUUAUGUCAGUCACUGACAGUCAAUCAAUUAGCCCAUGUCAGCUAACAUUUUAUAGAUUGCUAGGUAAGUCAGUCUAGCCAGCUAUCUAAAUCUUGUUGUAAUCAUGGCCGAGUUACUGACAGGACACCCAAGGCAUGUGCCCAGGGGCCCUGACCUCCAAUGGGCCCCCAUUGAUUUUUGUUAGUCACUCUCACACAGAUAUCAUAAGAACAUGCAGGGAAUUCACAUAAAAAUUGCUACAUUUUCUCUCCAUCCCAUGGCAAAAUGAGUAGAAUUGCAUUCAAUUAGUUUUGCUUUCAAUUAGUUUUAAAACCGCAAACUGUUCUUUCUGCCCCAUGAAAAAAUGUGUAUAAUUGCAGAAAGUCUGAUUUAAAACUGCAACAUUUUCUCCACGCCCCAAGGAAAGUGUGUCGAAUUGCAGGACAUUAACUUUAAAGUAGCACAUUUUUCUCUCUGCCCACCAAUAGAGGGGCCACUAAAAGGUUUUGCCUUUGAGAUGGGUAAAAAUCUUUCAUGGGGCCCCCAAAAUGCUAGGGCCCUGCACAUUUGCAAGUUAUUAGCGUUAUGAACAUAGAAAGUAAUAUUUCUUUAAUGCUGGCAAUCAGAAUGUGUUGUUUGGUGUCAAGUUAUAUGGCUACAAUUUGGUUAAUGUUUGAAAUGUAUGUAUAUGAUUACAAAAAAGCAAUUGUUUUAAGACCCUAAAAAGCGAUUGUUUAAAUUGUUAUAUUUCUAAAUAAAUUAUGUCUAUUUGUUCAGCCCA